AUGAGUGAUGUUCCGCGAAAGACGAAAGAAAGAAAACCUCGCCGCCAGAGGUCCAUCUAUCAGGUCCAUUAUAGUCUCCCUGCUUGCACCAAGAUGACAGCUAAGCCCCUUUCGUUGCCUUACGAUUCCCUGGAAGUCCACAAAUAUGGUCGACAAGUCGCUGGUCACACCAGCACUGAUGUUAGCACCAAGUACUUAGGGCUUCUCCAAUGCAAUAACGGAACUAUUCUAAAACCGAUUCUCAAGGAUUCACAAACACGUGAAGUGGACUUCUACACAAAGUUGUUCUCAUCGAACGAAAAAGAUUUGGUUGAACUCAGGGAAUUUGUGCCAAAAUACUACGGAUGCAAGAAAUUCACUUAUAAUGGAUUUGAACAGGAAUAUAUUAUUCUCGAUGAUCUCACGGAAAGGAUGCUGGAGCCGUGCAUCAUGGAUGUUAAGAUUGGUAAACAAACGUGGGACCCCACAGCUUCCCAAGAAAAAAUAGCAAGAGAGAAAAGCAAGUACAAGAAGUGCAAAGAGGAGUGGGGCUUCUGCAUCCCAGGGUACCAGGUGUACAGGGUGGACAGCGGAGCCCUGCUCAAGUACGGGAAGGACUACGGGAAAAAACUGCAUGGACACGUUGUCACUGCAGCCAUCAAGAACUACUUGAACGGCCUGGGUGGUCGCCUCUGCCGCGCCUUGGUCUUGCAAUUCCUGUCCCGUCUCUGGGCCUUGCAGAGAUGGUGCUCGAGGCAGACCUCGUUGAGGCUCUACUCGACUUCCUUGUUGCUCGCAUAUGAUGCCGCUAAACUCAGGAGUUGCUGUGGGGAAACUGCCAGCUUUGACGGGAAAAAAGAGAAAUGCCGCCCAGUCCCUCCGACGCGUCGUAGGUCUAUUCACUCUUUGCACAGUCCCCUGAGCGGGUCCAACUUCAGCGGGCUGUUGUCCCCCACGGGGCCCGUAUACAAAACGCUCAGUCCCACGCGCCUCACAAUUCCUAAGCCUCUCUCCCCUCCCCCGGUCACGUCUCCCUGGACCGAAGCCCUCGACAAGUUGAACCACAAUCAUUCCUUCGAACACAAUUACGAAGAGAAGCUUUGCAAGAUUAAAAUGAACUAUCGAGCUGUUCUCGACCAAUUGAGUCAAGAUUCCCCGACCCCCAACCUUUGGGGAACCGUCAAGGUCAUAGACUUCGCCCACGCCUUCUUCUCCGAAGAAGACGAGAGAGCCGUAGACGACAACUUCAAGGAGGGCGUCGACAGUUUUGUGGGAAUUUUUGAAGCCUUGCUGAGUGAAACGGACGAUCAAGUGUUUUGA